AUGGCGUCCCGCAAGCAGCUGAACCCUAACCAGGAGUUUAAACGUCAAAAGGUGCGUAAUGCACGACAGAUUCGAAGCGAGGCGGCGGCAGCGUCCCCCGAGGAGUUCAGCGAAACUGGGCACAUGCUAAAAGUGGGCGAGUUUGUGACAUCACGUCAGUUCGAACUGGAGCAGCUGCAGAGUGCAAUACAUCGGUCGCGCAACUCAUCCAGUACGCGAGUUUUUCAAUCGCUGCCUCGCAGGCUGCGACGCAGAACCGCUUCGCACAACGUGCGGCGCAUCCCGAAGCGCAUGCGGAACCGCGCAUUACGCGAGAUGAGCAAGAGUGACCAGCUGAUCACCAGUGGAACUCGGCAAAAGCCGAAACAUGGGAUCUCUGCAGGAAAGCUUUACAAGAUGAAGAUGGCGGUUAGUCUGUUGCGGCUUGCGAGCCGAAACACAGCGAUGAGACUGGCACUGCCAGCAGGUGUGACACCCGCAACUUCCAAACUGCGCCAGACAAUCCGGUCUCUCCAUCGUCAGAUAAAGGAUGCGGAGCGCGGCAAACAGGUGCAUAAGCUAAAUAAUAGCAUGGGCAGCUAUGACAAUACCGGAGUAGAUGAACUCGCUCCAAAGCCACUAGGGCGCAUUAAGUAUAUGCGUCGCCAGCGGUUCUUUACAUGGCUCCCCACCCACGUGUGGAAUGCAAAGCGGUCACACAUGAUGAAGCGCUGGGGUUAUCAGAUACCAUGGUCCCCAACACAGAAAUGCUUCCGCAUGACACACAGACUUCUUGGGCCGACGAUAGCCUCGAACGGGGCAAUGUGUGCAGACACAAGUUAUAUGGGUACUAUGGUGGUAUCAGCGGAUAAUUCAGGAACCGUGGCAGCUUUCGCUGAUCGUCUCACAGAUGGGCGUGCCAGUAAGCCGAAAUACAGAGAACUGCAGUAUCUUUUCGAGGGUCUGGUUUACAGCACUACCGCCAGCUCCCCGCUGGGCCCUGGGAUUAUACUUUGGGUUGAUGCAAAUAUGCUUCUAGUCCGCUUGCAUCCUGCCAUCUACGAAUGUGUUUUCAAAGAUGCAAAAGAACAGGGACUUCGUGUACACGAUUGUCGUUAUUCUAUCUCAAGCUUUGUUAUAGGUGGAUCCAAAGCGCUGCAAGCGCUCUCGCAUAUUAUCAGGACGCCGCCAGGAUCCAAUUCUGAAUCCUUUCAACAGUUUCAACGUGUAUGCAAGAUAUCUGAUUCUUCAGUUUUCCCAGAGCGCACAGCCUUUGUAUUCAAGGCAUAUGAUCCUCGCCACUUAUCAAAACCUACCAAACUUGGUACUGUGCCCCCACCAAGCGCCAGUACCAUCAUAAAACUCCAAAACGAGUACCCAAAGACAGAAAUUUCGGACGUUUUGCAUGCUCUAUGCGAUCCUGCCUCCCGGCAAGAGUCCUAUAAGAAUCAGCAGACAUUGAAGCAGCUUGCUCGUCGGCGUCGAAAAUUACUAACAAAAGAGGCUUCGAGGAACCUAAUACCGUUUGAUCCUGCCAUCGAUCCAGAAAUCCCGAUCGCCAUUGUGAGGCAGCCGGCUUCCAUGAACUGGUUGGUGAUGCUACCAUGGUUCUGGCUGUUGCCUUUCUGGUACCAACUGCACCGGGUACCACAUGUGUACCAUAUGGGACUAAAGCAAUUACACCAGCAGCAUUUCGAGCGCGGAAAGCUAAUGUUCCCAAAUGACUACCCUUUCACACCAGCUGGCCAAGAUGAGAAUUCAGUAUAUAAGGCGGAAGCUUCGAGAAACACAUGGGGCAGGAAACCUGUAGGUAAGCGGCUCAACUUUGAUGCGAUCAAAGCCGUUCAUGCCUCCGAAUGUCCUGGCUUCGACGGAGAAAUUGGCGACCACUUCAGCUCUGACUGGAAGCUCCUGCAGAUCCUGCAAAACGGCACCGCCCUGCUUGGUUCUGAAAUUGAAACGCACAAUCCAGCCCGCACCACCCAAUAUGACUCUGAAACCGGGCUGCCACAACUAAAUUACGUUCGGGACCUGCUUGAACUCCAUAGGAGCUCGGUAUUGCAGCAAGAUUCCUCUUUGAAGCUCCCCGUGACCCUUUACAAUAAGCCAGUUGUCUCUUUUUCCAAACCUCCUAUGGACACAGGCUUGCCCGUCCAACUGGCUGUUGUGACCACCCAACUUCCCGUGAUCGCCGUUGUCUGUACAGCCCUCGAACGCGGCCAUUUCAGGGACAAUGCCCGCUUGUAUGCAGUGCCUGUCAAGCAUCUCGCCCAUUGGCAGGCAGUCGCUUCCAGGAAAUACAAUGCUGCGGGCAAACGGACCCAUGACGCCGAUCAGCCUCUGCCGCGCGUACAAGAUCUCGUCGGUUUUAUUACAAGUGGCACCUACCAUCUAGGGGAGGGCAAGAGCACAGGCAAUGGCUUGAUCUCAGCGGAAUUUGCGCACCGCGCGGAACACAACCUCCUACUGGUCCGCAACGUCGGCACAAAUAGAUAUAGAUUGGCACAAUGGCGACAGAUAUAUGUAUAG